CACUCCAACACGAAUGUUAAGUUGGCAAGCGGGGCACGGUUCAAUACAUAGCCUAACGUUGGGCUUCCCAGUGUUUACAUAUAUAGCAGAAGUAGGUAUUUUAUUCGAGUUAUACUUUAUCGAAAGACUAUGGGUAUCAAAGGCUGCGAGAUCCAACUGGAUAAUCCAUGGAACACAUACUACGCCGGACAAACAAUCAACGGUCAGGUCAAAGUUACAUUCGAUUCGCCCAAAAAAGUACGAGGUAUUAUAAUACGAUUUCUGGGCGAGGCAAACACUGAAUGGACCGAGGAACGCAACGUAACGUCCAGUGAGGGCAAGACUGAGAACGAGAUCACACAUCUCAAGGGUCAUGAAGAGUAUUUUAAGAUACAAUACUAUCUGCUCGGCGGUAAAAACAGCUCGGAGACUGAGCUGCCGCCAGGCACACAUACCUAUCCGUUCACUUGUGCCUUGCCCCCUACGUUGCCAUCCUCAUUUGAGGGUGAGUUUGGUCAUGUGCGGUACACAAUUAAAGUUACUCUGGAUAGGCCAUGGAAGUUUGAUCAGGAUAUGAAAAUGGCCUUUACGGUCAUAGCACCUGUUGACUUGAAUCUCAAUCCGCGUGUAAAAGAGCCAUUUAAGCUCGAGUUGGAAAAGGCAUUUUGCUGUUUCUGUUGCCGUUCUGGGCCACUCGCUGUCAUAACGAGCAUACCUCAAACUGGUUAUGUAUCGGGUCAGAUAUUGCCCAUAACCUGUGAGGUUGACAACACAAGCAAUGUGAAUCUCACCGCAGUUAAAUUUGAAUUGCGGAAGCUUGUCACGUUUCAUACCAAUCAACCACGUAGUGAAAAACGCGAGUCAAAGGUGAUAAUUUCGCAAUUAAGUGUUGGACCCGUCAAUGCAGGAGAAUCUCGUACAUUUACCCAACAAAUGGAAAUACCUGCAUUGCCGCCAACCAAUUUACUCAACUGUGGCAUAAUUGCGCUCGACUACGAUUUGCACGUAGAAUGUGAUGUCAGUGGACCUCAUCGUAAUCUCACUGGUAAAGUGCCAAUUACUCUGGGUACAAUACCUCUAGCUGCCUUAAAACCACAGACGGAUGACCCUUCACUGGCCCCAACCCAACCAGUUAGUCCACUUGGUGAUGGCAAUUUGGGCGGUGCUCUUGGCUGGAAUGUCGCAGAUAGCGCAGGCGGCUCCCUUUAUCCCAACAUACCGCCUCCUCAAUUUGUGGAAACACAGUAUCGGGCACCUACCAUAACUGGUGGCGACGACUCGGAGCAUACUCAAAUUAUUGGAGAGAAUACAUUUGCGCCCAGAUAUCCAACUUUUCAGUUUAGGAAUGCUACCGCACCAGCGUUAAGCCCUUAAUUACCUAGUUUUAUAUAAAAUUGCGUUAUUGUCGCAUUUAUACCGAAACGCUUUCCGUCCAAAAGAAAGCAAAAAUAUAUUACUUCGCGCAAAAAAAAUAUUGUAAUUUUGUAAUCUCAGUUGACGCUCAAAUACAAUUUUUAUUGCUCGUAAUAUUCUAUUUUCUAAUUUAUCGACAACAUUUAUUUACUUUUACUUGGUGGUUUAUCAUUGGCCAUUUUAAGACAUUCCUCUUUAAUUUUUUUUCCUUUUUCUUUUUGUGCUUUUCGCUUGGCCUCUUCUUUACACUUGGUUGCCAAAGCCUUUUCCGCUAAUUUCUUACAAUGUUGUUUAAGUCUGUCUAUUAACUUCUGCUUAGCCAUCUUUUCACAUUUCUCCUUCUGCGCUGCCUCCGCGCACGCUUUCUUUAGCUGAUCUUGUUUCGAUUUUUUUGCCACUUUAGCACUUCUUUCCCAUGGGGGUUUCUCCCAUGGAGGAACGCAUAGCACGCAUUUCUUGUCAAGCUUUGGUUCUUUUUUCUUUUGAGCCAUUGCGCUGCAUUUCUUUUCAAGCUUCGCCUUUUUUUCUAUUGCCGCACAUUGUUUUUGAAGCUGAGCUUUUUGUUUCUUCUUGGCCAUUGCCUUGCACUGCUUUUGAAGUUUUGCCUUCUUUUCCUUUUGAGCCAAUGCGCUGCAUUGCUUUUUAAGCUUUGCUUCUUUUUCUUUUUUCGCCAUAGCUGCACAUUUCUUGUGUAACAUUGCUUUUUGUUCCUUCUUGGCCAUUGCCUUGCAUUGCUUUUUUAACUGAUUUUGCUUUUCUUUCUUAGCCAUUGCCUUGCAUUGCUUUUUUAGUUUGGCUUGCUUGCUUUUCUUUGCUAAUUUAGUACACUUUGCUUUUUGGGCCAAUUCUUUACAUUGUUUUUUUAGUUUGUCUUGUUGAGAAGCGCUCUUACCACCCUUGCUUUUAUUUUUUCUUUGAAUUGUAUCGGGCAUUGAAUCGCAUUCUCCUUUGCAUCGUUUAGAAGAGUCUUUCUUUGAUUUACCUUUUCCUCCUUUAUUUUUCUUGCUUUUCUUUGCUAAUUUAGCACACUUUGCUUUUUGGGCGAGGGCGUUACAUUUCUUUUUUAGUUUGGCUUGAGAAGCGUCCUUACCACCCUUACCUUUGCUUUUCUUUUUCUUUUGGAUUGAAUCGGGCAUUGAAUCGCACUCCCCUUUGCAUUUUUUAUUUCUUUGGAUUGAAUCGGGCAUUGAAUCGCACUCCCCUUUGCAUCGUUUUCCUCCUUUACCUUUCUUGCUUUUCUUUGCUAAUUUAGCACACUUUGCUUUUUGGGCCAGCGCCUUACAUUUCUUUUUUAGUUUGGCUUGUUGAGAAGCGCCCUUACCACCCUUACCUUUGCUUUUCUUUUUCUUUUGGAUUGAAUCGGGCAUUGAAUCGCACUCCCCUUUGCAUUUUUUAUUUCUUUGGAUUGAAUCGGGCAUUGAAUCGCACUCCCCUUUGCAUUUUUUAUUCCUUUGGAUUGAAUCGGGCAUUGAAUCGCACUCCCCUUUGCAUCGUUUUCCUCCUUUACCUUUCUUGCUUUUCUUUGCUAAUUUAGCACACUUUGCUUUUUGGGCCAGUGCUUUACAUUGCUUUUUUAGUUUGGCUUGCUUGCUUUUCUUUGCUAAUUUAGUACACUUUGCUUUUUGGGCAAGUGCCUUACAAUGCUUUUUUAGUUUGGCUUGCUUGCUUUUCUUUGAUUUACCUUUUCCUCCUUUACCUUUCUUGCUUUUCUUUGCUAAUUUAGCACACUUUGCUUUUUGGGCCAGCGCCUUACAUUUCUUUUUUAGUUUGGCUUGUUGAGAAGCGCCCUUACCACCCUUACCUUUGCUUUUCUUUUUCUUUUGGAUUGAAUCGGGCAUUGAAUCGCACUCCCCUUUGCAUUUUUUAUUUCUUUGGAUUGAAUCGGGCAUUGAAUCGCACUCCCCUUUGCAUUUUUUAUUCCUUUGGAUUGAAUCGGGCAUUGAAUCGCACUCCCCUUUGCAUCGUUUUCCUCC